UUUGACUAACAAACCAACCCGGCUCCAGUUGCCGCCCUGCGCCUCCCCCCUCCAGUCGCUACAAAAGACGAGCGCAAGGGAGUGCCUACAGCCAGACAACUAGGACCUCCUGCACUGCCCAGCGAUAGUGUACCAGUGUAGAGCGGAAAAUCCCACGGAAACGAGAUUGUACACAAGCUCUUUAGUCUGCUCACUCGCUAGUGUCCCAGAUUUUGUCCUCCAUCACUCGGCUGACGGGAAAAUCGAGCGGCGCAGAACAGCGGACUACUUGCCUACAGGCCUAACGGCACCAUGGACGAGUUAGACGUACCACAGAUGAAGAGGGAGGUGGAGAGUCUUCAGUAUCAGCUGGCAAUCAACAGAGAAAAGUCCUCAAUCACUGUCACAGAGCUUGUGAAGUGGAUUGAGGGCUGUGUGUGUGACGAUCCAUUUCUGAACCCAGAGCUGAUGAGGGCCAACCCCUGGGUGGAGAAGGGAAAGUGUGUGAUCCUCUAAGGGGCGAUGCAGAUGCACGCAAAUAUUAUCACGGAUGCACACCUAACGACCCCCCCCCCCACACACACACACACACACUUUCACGAUGCACUUCCUCAUUCUCUUACACUGCUAUGAUUAUUAUAAAUAUUUAUUUGGACUCCCACGAAUGCUUUUUUAAUUUAUGCUGAGGACUGGCAGACGACCUGGCUGUAUGUGUGAGUGUAGAGCGGUGCGUAGCUUUCUAGACGUUUGCGUAGUUAUGGACCCACUGAGCGAUGUUAUCAAUCAAGGUUUUUAUUGGCUGUUUGUACUGUCAAUCAAAAUAAACACUGUUUUGAACUGAA